AUUGUCUGGACUGACAAAAUCUGGACCAAUAAUAGACGUCUAUUUUUGGGCCAGGGCGGACCAUAUCUAAAGUUCAGGCAAAUAUGAUAAAAAUAUAGGAGUCCGAGUGUGCAUGUAGUGUCGUCUACGUAUUCUCCUCGAUCGACUGAUUUGCUCUUUCUAAUAGGGUCAACGACAAAUAAUAGCCAGGCUACUUCAUAAUAUGGAAGUUUUCAAAUACCCUGUUUUCUUCGAGUGCCAGACUCUGGACCCACCACAGAAACAUAUGAUAAAAAGGUACUUUGGAGUUAAACGUAAAUCCGGUGGCGGAGAUUGUGGACCAGUAGAAUCAGUUGGUGACAAAGUCUACAAGAUCGCAUUUAUUGACCAGACAGUCCAGGAGAGGGUACUUCAGAAACCUAAUCAUGUUUUGGAGAUGCCUGGAGGACCUCUCUUCCUCACUCUGAGAGACAGCCUGGAGCCACCACCCACAACAACCUCCCCAGUCAGUAGUCAGAGUCACCACUCCCUCACGGUCGAGACAUCUCCACCUGGUGGUCAUGAACAUGUACUCCAUCGUCUGAGCACAGGGAAGCAGGAGAAGAUCAGGACCACCUGUCAUCUGGGACAGGUCCAGCUCCUUCUUCUAGGUGAAGUGAUAGAGAAGGAUCUAGGGGAGGUUGUUCCAGGGGUGAAGGUGACACGCGGUGACUCAACUCAGCUGGUGCUGCACGGCUAUGCAAAUGAAGUCCAGGCAGCCAGACAGUUAGUUACAGAUAAAAUCUCUCUGGUGCUGGAGCGGGUGGUGCCUGAGGUGUCCCCCCACCUCCUGUCCUUCCUGAGGGAGGAGUAUGGGAGGCCUGGGAACCUGAGCAGUCUGCUGGGGUUGGGACUCCAUGUGGAAGUAGAGUUGGGGGAUACAGAGCUCCAUCUGUUCUCCCUCUCCUCUGGGAAACUGGACCAGGCUGAGAAGGAUCUGCUGGGGGAGUUUGGGGAGGAGAAGAUUGACGUGCCCAACGGUGCCCUCCUGGCUGAACUGAAAUCUAAGCUUGAGACAAAGGUGAAGGAGAUUAACCAGAGCAGAUGCAGGGUGGUAGCCAGGUAUGGUCCUGGGUGUAGAGUGCAGCUUCUGGGCCACAUGAAGGAGGUUCAGGAGCUGAGGGAGGAGAUUGGGGCCUUUCUGAUGGGCAGGUCCAGUGUAAGAGUCGUGAGACACCAUCAACAGAAUCAGGAUGGCGUAGUCAGCGAAGCAGGAACCGGAUCUAUACAGGAGGAGAUGGUCGCAGCCACCAGCUAUCGCCUCCGUCUGGGACUGCAGGUAGUUGUUUGUCAAGGUGACAUCACCAAGGAACAGGUGGAUGCGCUGGUGAACGCAGCCAAUGAGGACCUGGAUCAUGCUGAGGGCGUGGCUGCAGCUCUGAGCCGGGCGGGGGGGCCUGAGGUACAGCGGGCCAGCAGGGAUCUGGUUAGGCAGAUAGGGAGAGUGCCCACAGGUACAGUGGUAGAGACUACAGGGGGGAAUCUGCCUUGUAAGAUGCUGCUGCAUGCAGUGGGACCAGUAGGGGGCAGCGUAGGUGGGAAUGAGCGCCCUCUGCUGGAGAAGACAGUAAAGACAGUCCUGGAUCUGGCAGAGACCAUGGAACUCCAGACUCUGGCCAUGCCCUGCAUCAGCUCUGGGAUAUUGGGCGUUCCUCUGAAGGUGUGCUCUGAGGCCAUAGUCUCUGCAGUGAGGGACUUUGGGAGGAAACAGCACAUCCUUACCAAGGUCACUCUGAUUGAUGUGAGUGGAGAGGCAGUGAGAGCCAUGCAGGAGGCCUGUGAUAGGCUGUUACAGGGGAAGAGGGAGUUUCCUGGAUGGGAGGUAGAGUCCAGCACCACCACUACCACUACACAUGCUCCUCAGAGAGACACCACUGCUGCCUCCACCAGUGGACCAGUGGCUCCAGAGGUCUGUGUCCAGGUGGAGAUCAUCCAGGGAACCAUAGAGAAACAGCAGGUGGAUGCCCUGGUUUCCCCCAUGGUUGGUAGUGACCCUCUCUCCUCCCGAGUGGGUAAUGUCUUGUUGGAUGCAGCUGGACCGGCGCUGAUGACAGCAUUUCUGAGGGAAUUAGGGGAACGGACUGCACCUGGUGAGAACGUUCUGGUGGAGGGACUGUCUGGUCUCAGCUCUGGCCGUGUCUUCUUCCUCAGAUGUGCACACUGGGACAACAAUCCCCAAGGACCAGCAGUACAGGCUCUGAGGCAGGGUGUGAGGAAAAUUCUGACCUCUUGUGAGAACCGGGGCUUCCGUUCCGUUGCCUUCCCUGUAGUUGGAACUGGUGUGGUUCUCCGGUUCCCACACAACGUGGUAACACAGGUUCUGCUAGAAGAGAUCCGUAGGUAUGAGCAGAACCGAGCAAACAGAACCCCCUUCCUUGUCCGCAUCAUUGUCCAUCCAAAUGACAGAGAUUCUACCAAGGCUUUUCAGACUGCCCAGAAUGCUUUGCAUCUCAGAGGGUUCGUAUUAGGCACUCGACCAGAGCAAGACAUCAGGAUUGUGCUGCUGGGGAAAACUGGAGGAGGUAAAAGCAUUGCUGGAAACACCAUCUUCGGACAAGAUGAUGUGUUCCUCUCAGACAGUUCCUCCAUCUCCGCAACACAGAAAUGUAAAGCUCAUACCAAGAACAUCAAAGGGAGAAACAUCACCCUGAUUGACACACCUGGAUUCUUUGACACUGACAUCCCUGAAGAGGAGCUGAAACCUAAAAUAGUUAAAUGUAUAACAGAGUGUGCUCCAGGACCGCAUGCCUUUCUCAUUGUACUGAAAGUGGAACGGUACACAGUCCACGAGAACGAAGCUGUAGUGAAAAUCGAGACGUAUUUUUCACCAGAGGCCUUCAAAUAUGCUACAGUCCUCUUCACUCAUGGUGACCAGCUCAAUGGUUUGACCGUUGAGAAGUUUGUCCAACAGAAUGCUGAUCUGAACAAGCUUGUGGAGAAAUGUGGAGGCCGCUAUCACGUCAUCGACAACAAAUACUGGAACACCAAUCAGCAGGGUCGGUACAGUAACCAGUACCAAGUAGCAGAGUUACUCAACACCAUAGAGAAGAUGGUGAGAGAUAACGGAGGAGGGUUCUACACCAACGAGAUGCUCCAAGAGGCAGAGAGAUUAAUACAAGCAGAGAUAGAGGGUCUUAGGAAGGAGUUAAAAGGCCAGAUAUCAGAGAAAGAGAUGAGAAAACAAGCCAAGAAAAGAGCAAGGGAGAAACUCCUGAUCAAAUGGUCAGGGAUAGCAACAGGUGCAGUGGUAGGAGCUUUUCUUGGGGUGGCACUGGUGAUAGGGAUCCCACUUCCAUUCGCUACAAAACCACUGUUUAAUUUAGUCAAACGUCAGAUGGCAUCUUCAAUGACAAUAGGGCCAGCAGCCGUGACAAAGGCAGUACGACCAGUACUUGUAGCAAAGGACGGGGCGACCAUGAGAGGGGAUUCAAAGACAGGUGCAGGGGUAGGCAUAGCUGCAGGAGUUGUCGUUGGGAUGGCCGCAAUAGCAGGAGCAGUAAGAGGAGGGAUAGUAGGAGCUACUGCAGCAGAGGAGGCAGAGACAGUACAGGAGGCAGCAGAGAAAGCAGCCAAUGCUGUCUACCAUGAAGCUACGCGUCUUCAUGACCAAGCAGGACACCUUCUGCUAAGGGACAGUAACUCUAAGUAGAUGAGAUAUUAUUAUUAUUAUUAUUAUAUAUAUAUAUAUAUAUAUAUAUAUUUUUUUUUUUACCUUUUAUUUAACUAGGCAAGUCAGUUAAGAGCAAAUUCUUAUUUUCUAUUACGGCCUAGGGGUGGGUUAACGACAGAUCUUUACCUUGUCAGUUCAGGGAUUCGAUCUAGCAACUUUUCGGUUACUGGCCCAACACUCUAACCACUAGGCUACCUGCCGGCCCACUCAGUGAGCUGUACUCUGCCAUAAGCAAACAGGAAAUGCUCAUUCAGAGGCGGCGCUCCUAGUGAACAAUAGCUGCUUGUCCAACAUAUGUAGCUGCUUGUCCAAAUAUAUAUAUAUAUAUUUCAUAGUUUUGUAAAAAAAAAUCGAGGGAUACGGUAGCACAUAGGGCUGUGGCAGUCAUGAAAUGUUGUCAGUCGGUUAUUGUCAUGCAAAAGACUACUGGUCUCACUGUAAUUGACUAUUAAUGAACAUAAACACGUUUAGCAUUUGGAUGCCUCCACUCAUACCAGCUGCAUUACAAGCCACUGAUGUGCACUUUUGGAACAUCUACAUUUAAAAAGUUUAAAUCAAUUGAAUAUACACCAAAGCAAAAAACCUAUUUAUUUUAGGAAUGUCUAUAUAAACAUUAUGAUAUGAAGAAAAUGUAUUUCAGAAAAACAGAAUGUUAUCUGGCUAAAUGCUUCAUCUGGCUAUGCGCCAUACCAUAGUCUGUAGGCUUGUUCAUUUAGCAGACAAGAUAUGCUUGAGUCCCGUUCCAAUAGUUUAUUACAUGUGAUUUUAUAGUAAGAUUAAUGUAAUUGAACUUAGCCGAAUAAAAUAGAUAGGAUAUUUGUCAUUCUGGAGCGAGUGCGCAUAUGAAGUGGCUAUGUUGAGCGUAAAAGUGAUCAUUUGAAGCAGGUCCUAAAGAGUUAUAUUGUACAAACCUUAAAAAUCAAAACAUAUGGGCUGCAUGACGCGACUAUAGGCUAUUGAUGAUUUGAGAAAGUCGCAAAAAAACUUGGCGCUCCGGUCCUUGCCUGUGGCUGCACAAGCUGUUCUCUCAUCGAGUGAUCAUAUUUUUAUUUAGUAUUAUUUUUUUCACCCACAGUUUAAUCUAGCCUUUACUAAUAUGUCAAAUUUAAUUUAAAUUUAGAAUGGGCCAUUAUCAAAUGGGCAGGAACAGAGGCGGGGGAAUUAUGUCAUCAGUAUGCACUCGAAUAGCGAAUAGAAGCCGCUCUCCUGACAGUAUUUUUUAUUUUUUUUUUAACUAAUGAGGUAGGCUACUCGGUUUUUUCACCCCACACAUCAACCACUAAAUUAAACCACUAAACACCAAUUCUCCGGAGUUGAGUUCCGAAAAUUUGCUGCAGGAUGGGAAUUCGAGCACGUCACUUCAUCACCACGACACCCAAAAGCUAAUGGGAAGGCAGAGUCCGCAGUAAAAAUCGCAAAGAACCUCUGCAAAAAGGCUCUGCGAGAGGGCAAAGAUGCCUGGAAAGCAAUCCUGCAGUGGCGCAAUACCCCGACAGAAGGCAUGGACAGCAGCCCGACACAGCGCCUCAUGGCACGGCGCUUAAAAGCAGCUCUGCCAGUAGCCAGCACUCUCCUGGAGCCAUGUGUGGUGACAGACGUGCUGGUGAAGCUACGUCACAGAAGACAGGUCUCCAAGUUCAUCUACGACAAAUCAGCAAAAGACUUACCUGAGCUCAGGGUGGGUGAAACGGUGCGAAUGAAGCCACUACCAGGGGACCGGACAGGCCUCUGGAGACUCGGAUCCUGUGUACAGAAAGUGGCACCACGCUCCUACUUGGUCGAAGUGAAUGGAUCACUGUACCGUCGUAACAGGGUUGACCUUCGGAUUGCUGAGCCAGCACCUACUCAGAACCCUGAUGGUCAAAGGGGUCGCAUGACAAAAGACAGAACCCCAGCAAGUCACAUGGGGCCUGAGGCACUGGGCGAAGAGCCAGGGGAUCACAGGUCGGCCGCUCCUUCGCCCAUCAAUUCUCCCCUUAGACAUUCAGGUGACACGCCUGUGCGGGAACCCACAGUCCUCGCAGACAAGCCCCCUGUCUUUUCACGCUGCGGGCGUCUGUCCCAGCCACCAAAAAUACUUAAUCUGUAGGUUUCCCAUCAGGGAUUGUUGACAGAGAUAAAAGUGAAGAGAAUAUCAAAAUAUGUUGUUGUUACCUGGAAAAAAAAACAUUACUAAACUGUUCAUGUUGGAAAUUGUUACUAGGUUUGUUUUGUUAGUGAAUUGACACCUCCUGUCCUAUUUUAUUAAAUGGAAGAUGUUAUGGGUGUAAGAUGGCACAGUGAUGCCAUCUGUUGGUAAAUGUUCAUUACCGCUACUCUUGUGUUUUACCGGGGUGCUUGAGAUACCCGGAUGCGUUGUCAUGUACUGAACAAGACUGGUUACUCGCA